UUGUGUCCAGAUUGAAAUCGCUCAUCCUUGUCUAACGCAAACUUAUCAUUCUUUGUGAUACCGUGAUUACUUGAUUAGAUUAGUUCAGAUUUUUGAUUUCAAUUUUAUGUACUUUUUACAUUCUUUUGGUCUCAAAAAUGAAAUAUACACCUGUAAUAUUAUUAUUGUUUAUUUCUGCAACUUUAGGUGUGCGUUUGGAAUGUUACACAUGCGAUGAUGUUUGUGGGAAAUCACCUGAUACUUGGAACCGAGUAAAUUGCUCAUUGCCCAAUAAAGAGAAUUUUCUUUGUCAACAUAAAAAACAAAAUGGUAAUGUUUACAAGCAAUGUAUUUCUAACGAAAUGGCACAUAUAGAAGCAUGUGAUGCCAUCAAUAAGAAAAAGAAAAACUCGGAUGAUUACUGUUUUUAUUGUGAGAGGGAUCUUUGCAACGUUAAUUCAUCUCAAAUCCAUAUUGAAUCCUGUGUCAUCUUAUCAUUUGGGGCGAUCGUUAUGAGAUUUGUACUUUGAGCUUUGACAGAUAAAAUAUUUCGUGUUGUGUAAAAAGUAAGAUAUGCAACAAUGCUCAAAAUUGUACUUUUUGUAGUAACCAUUGCGUUACUAAACAUAAUAAUGUAUGCUAUACUAAAUAAAUAGUUUAAUGUACAGGAUGUUUACGGUCUUUCCAGUACCGACAGUGCUGCAGUAAAGGAAAAUGCUUCAUUUGUGAGUUUGAUGAUUUGGAUCUUUGUAACUCCGAAGACGGAUGAUAAUAAUUCUCUUGGAGUUUAAUUAACUUUAGUUGUUUUGCUGUUUAUUUUUGUGAAAAAUAAAUUUUAAGAAAAUAAAAUGCGUAAAACAUUCAAAUAAACUGUUUAUUAAAUACACGGAC